AAUCCGCGAUUUUUCAGGUGUUUCGAAUAAUCGGCAAAUUAUGAUUUGAGUUUGCUAUCAAGACGUCUUCUGUCUUAGAACUCUGCGGCGAAAGGAGACACAAAAAAAAGUGCGAAAUCUCCUCGAAAAGUGCGAAAUUCUCUCAGAAAGAAUGAAAACGAGUAUAUGUGAGUACAUUGCAAUAUUUUAAAACCGUAAAAUGAUUUAGCCAAUGCGACCGAGUAUAUAGAUAGCAUCUUUCGUACAUAAUCCACGGUUUGUAAGGCAGAUGUAACGAAAAAUAUUGAAAGAUUCUGAUAUGAAAUUGUUUCCGAAUCACUUGCUACUACGAGAUGCUAUCGGGAAAAAGUUGAAAUAAGACGCGUGUAUAUAUCGCGGAUAUAUCGUGAUUUUGAAAUCAUGGGUUAGAUUCGCUGUUGUGCGAAGGGAAGCGCGAAUCCGAGCGCCUCUGACGGAGAACAAGGUUAGUUGAGAUGACAUAUUCAAAGUGUAUUGCAUCCAUAUAGGUUAACUUGUGUACGCACCGUGCUUUAUAACUUGUUAUUUGCUACGUAUGCUUCGAAAAAUAUUGGAAGAUGCUGAUACGAAACUGCUUUCGCAUAGUUUUUUGCCGAAAUAUCAUCGAGAAGCCGUAAUAAAUAUCAUCGAUAAAACGUAAAUGUGAGGGUAUGUUAAUUCUGUUUCCGCAUUGAUAGCUCGAGCUUGAACAUAAAAACAUUUUAGUCGAAAUUAGUCGAAAAUACGUCCAAAAUAUAUCGUGUUGUGCCAAUUAACGUCCGUAGUAUUAGAUGUUUCGCGAAUGUUUACGCGAGUGCAAAGAAAAACAGGAAUGUAGCGCGAAAACAAGUGUGCAACUAUUCCGGGAGCUUCUACGGAUCAACGAGGCUGAUCUACCUUGUGGACGGGUGAACGUGAGACGUUGUCGUCAUUCAUCAGAUGCAACGGGUACAGCGGAUGCACAGGAAUGCUUGCAACGGGCCAUAUUGGCCAGCGAGGAGAUAAAGACCCCAGUCAGUCUUAUACAGAAUUUCGCCUGUCGGUCGCGUGCGAGGCUGAUGACGUCGCCAGCGGUCUCGCACUCGCCGUUCCAUCGACGCGAUCGAAGCACCGCAAUUCCCCGUCAGCCACGCCGAGGGGUCCAGCGCGUGCGGGCGGCAUAGGUCAGCGAAAAAUGCGAUAGGGGACGGACGGGAAGAAUACGAUCGCAAAGAGAGGAAGAAUAGGCGGACGAGGGAGAGGAGCGGGGAAGGGGGAGGGUUUAUCGCCCGAUGAGAGUGCGCCAUGUGCUCGAUCGCAUCGGCCGCCUGGCGACGGAGGGUUGUCCUCCUCGGGGCGAUGUUGCUGCUGCUGCUAUCCUGGGUGGCGGGCGCGGCGAAGGACUGCCCGAGCAUGUGCGCGUGCAAGUGGAAGGGCGGCAAGCAGUGGGUGGAGUGCGCAAACCGCGGCCUCAACGGACUGCCGAUGGGCGCGCAGGAGGAAACGCAGGUGCUCGAUCUAUCGGACAAUCAAUUGAUGAACCUGCCGGCGGAGUGUUUCCACAAGCUCGGCCUGACCAAUUUGCAGCGUCUUUAUCUAAGCCGAUCGCACAUCAGUCAGAUCGCCGCCGAGGCGUUCGUCGGUCUGGUCGGCCUCGUCGAACUCGAUCUAUCUGAGAAUCUGAUCGAGGAUGUGCCUACGGACACGUUCGCGUUCUGCUCGAACCUGAUGCGGCUUAUACUGAACGGCAAUCGGAUCCGGAAGAUACGACAGGGCGCUUUCCGCAAGCUCACCCAAUUGACUAAUCUUGAGAUUAGUCAGUGCGAGAUCGAAGAGAUCGAACGGGGCGCCUUUGAGGGUCUCGAUUCGCUGGAGUGGUUACGGCUGAACGGCAAUCGACUCACUCGUGUGCCCGAUUACACUCUGCCGCUGGGUAGCAAUCUUCGCGGCCUGACUCUUCACAACAACCCGUGGCAGUGCGACUGUAGGCUCAGAUCUAUGCAGGGUUGGCUGAAGGAUUCGGCUUCGACGGCGCCGCAAGAGUCCGAGCCGGUCUGCGGCGUUCCGGAGAAAUUGCAAGGCAGACAAAUUAAGAGUCUCAAAAUUAACGAUCUGGCCUGCCUGCCGCAUAUCGAACUUCAGAACAAUUUAGAGGUCUACGAGGGCGAGAAUGUCACUCUGAAAUGCGAGGUUUACGCGGUGCCGACCGCCAAGGUCACCUGGUCAUUCAACAAAGUACCGUGCGAGCUGCAGAACGAGAACGACUCCGUGACGAACGAUGCCACCACAUAUUCAAAAUACUUCUACCGGCAACGUGGCGGGACCAACAUGAGCAGUACGCUGUUCCUCUACUCAGUAGAGUUGCUCGACGAGGGCACGUACGGUUGCGUUGCGGAAAACAGCGCGGGUUUCGUGGAAGCAAAUCUCUCCCUGCGUGUGCUCUUCCGUGAGAAAACCACCGUGGAGCCACCAUCUGACAAUCCCGCGUCCGGUUACGUGGCCGCGAUAGCCGCCGGCGCGCUGGUGGGCACACUUCUGGCGCUGGGCUGCCUCGUGGGCAGCGUGAUCUACUGCGCGAAGAAACGCCGUCGCGACCGAAAGCGCAACUCGAAAGCGCUGGUGACGCAGAGCAAAUCGGUGAUGCCGAUCACGAAGGACACCGCCGGCGGCGGCGGCGGCGGCACUUGCCGAAAAGGCAACGGCAGCCUGAUCGGCUUGGAGCAUCAGCAGAUGGUUUCCUACACCGAGCGCGAGAUCAAUCGCGCGGCCACCCUCGAGCGCCGCGAGCACUCGCGAAACAAUCCGGACCGGGACGCGUAUCGAGUGGCAAGUCCGGUCGCCAAGUACCUGACCGAACCGGAUCUAAUUAACGAGGUGCCCGAGAGCACUGAAGUGGGCUACGGCCAGCUGUACGGGCGGCAUCAUCAGCGCGCCGGCGGUGUCGACCGGCAGAUCCUAGAAUAUGAUUCGGGCUAUCCGCUGCAGCCGGAUCUGCGACCGCCGCCGGUCCUGCCGCAGAUGAGUUAUCUGGACCAGGAUGGUUAUCCGUUGAACUUUGGCCUGCCCAAGAUCUCUUUUAGCACCGCCAGCACGCUGCCGAGGCUCCGCACGCGGAUGACGGAGCCCGGCUCGGCGGCCGCGCCGGCCGCAAGAUACUCGCGCGAGGCCGAGUUCCUCGCGAGAUCGCCGGGAUACGAUCCCGUGUUGUCGCGAACCGACGCCAGGUACACUGCCGAGGGCUACCCCUAUCCGACGCAUCAACAUCAGCAACUUCAGCAGCAGCAACCGCAGCAGACGAUGCCGUCGCCGAUUCAACCGAUUCAGGCGAUCCAGCCGGUCGAGCAACCGAUCCAGCAACAGCUGCCUCUACAAUCGCCGGUCUCGCCGAUCGCCGUCUUUCCGGAAGUACCCUUCAUACCGUCACCUCCGGCGGCCUAUCGCGGCGAGACCACCCCCUUAUCGCCGCGAUCCUUGCUCAGUAAAACUGCCCGCGAGGCUGCGGCUGCGGCCGCCGCAAGAGCAGAGGAGCUUCAACCGCCGAAUCACCCAGAGAGUCCCGACGAGGGCUACGUAGGAGACGCUAUGGACGUCUGAAAAAUGGCCAGUGGACGACGAGUUCUCUUCUCGUGAAUUUAUCCCGAAGGAAGAAUGUUUUAGACUGAACAAUUUAUUUCUGGAAACCGCCAUAAUUGAAAUUUUUUAAAGGCAAGAAACUAAAAAAGAAAAAUAGUGUUAACAAUCGUGCACAAUUUUCUUGGGAAUUGUCGAAGAAGAAGCCGUUGUCUACAUUUUUACGAAACAGUUUUAUCUUGGGAUAACGAAUUAAUUUUAAAAGUGUCUUCGAGAUUGCGAUUCGUGCUGGCUUCGUCCUCAAAUAAAAUCGACCGACGUAUAGCCAAUAAACGUGAAAUAGAAUGGGAACGUUAAAUGGCAUUGUUACGACGAGAGAAAGAACUGAGGUUUGAUAACGCUCCGCGUCAGCAAAGCUCGCGAGUCCCGACGAUUUAGAAAAUGUUGAUGGGCUAAUGACGAAUUAUCAUAAGUGCAAGGUGGCGCCGGAUGUGACGGAAGAAUGCGUCCCGAGAAAGGGUGCCGGGCGUCCUUUCAUCGUCGGAAGUACCCGGCGACGAGGAAACUGGUUUCCUUUCCGUCGCCGUAAUCACGACGCGAUUCACGGAUGAACAGUGUUUGCCUUCCAGUCUGGCGACUGGCAGGGAUAUAGAAUCCUGCCUGCGUCCUUUAAGCUUCAUCCUUGAGAUAACACGAAAUUUGUCUUCGCGCAUAAUAUUUCAUUCUCUUUCAAGGUAACUAAUUUAUCUACAUUUUGUUGAAAUUUUAAACGAAACAAAAAUGAUUUUUUAGGCAAGGAAACAUGAACAUAGGUUUGCAUUACGAAGAGAAAUAAAAAUUGUUUUGGUAAAUUGUUUAUUUUUAGUAAACUAAAAUUGACUGUUUUAAAUUAAAUUAAAAUCGACCAUUUUCACAAGCAAAUUAAUAAAGUAACGUAGAAAAGAGCUGCCGGGUAACAUGUCGAAAUUGAAAUUAUCUUUUAAUGGAAUAUAAAUAUUUAGCUUUUAAAAACAGACAAUUGCAAAAUUUCUGUUGUAAAUGUAAAAAUUAUACAUAAUAACUAAUGUUCAUUUAAACUUGAUCAUAUAACGUUGUCGGCGGAUAGGCGACUUUCGAAUAUCGAGUUUUAGAAGCAAACGCAAUUUUACGCAGUGACGAAAUUUUGCAAAGAGAGUUCCGCAUUCGUCGUUUCAUUUAAUUAGAACUUUUUAAACGAGCUUGCUAACGAGAAUAACUUCGACGCGCGCGGUCAAUUUUGCGAAUUUCAAUUAAUCUGCCAUGAAUGGAUGUGCCAUUAGGCCGUGUUUUCGACAAAAACGCGACGAAAAUGUAUGCGAUCGUACUAAAACCAUCGUGAACGUGGUUUAAUUAGAUUUAAAUUUGAAAAGUGCUUUCAUCAAGAUUGUUCUGCAAAAUAUUCCUCCUAUAAUGUGUUUUAUUUUUAUUUUUUAGAAAUUUUGCAUUGUUAUUUCUCAACCUUGCGAAGUAAAAAGAAAAAUACACGAAAUAUCAGCCAGGCGUUUAAACAUCGCAUUUUAAGUGCGGAGAAGUAUUUCGGAAAUUAAAUAAUUAGGAAUCGCACAUCCUUGCAUUUAAUCGCCAUUUCCUUAAAGGACCUUCUUAAAGAACUUUCUCAAAAGACCUCGCCUGCAAUUUCAAUGAAUAACAUCGUUAAAUCGAGUUAAAUUCUGCGAGAAAAUGCAACGUAUUUCCUCGAGGAGAGUACAUUUUAAAGGUAAUUAUUUCAUUUAAUACAUUAAAGUAACCAGAAACAAAUGUUUUGACGAUUUUACGUCGGCGUUUCUUUUAAAGAGAAACGAUUUUUUCAAAUCAUAUUUUCCAUACGUGAAAAUUUUUUAUACACUUUUCUAGGCGCCUCAUGCAUAUUUAUUCGCAUCGAUUAAAGCCCGGCGAAAAGAAAAAUUCAAACGCAACACAUUCAAAACAAUUUCUCUCUAGCGAAAAAAUCCAAACGACAAUUUUCGGUUUUUAUGUUUCCACUUCGACGCCAUCCUCUCAGAUCGUUUUUUCGUAGAUAAAAAUUUAUCAUUGCGAAAUCUGUCGCUUCCUUCGUGUGUAUUUAUUUUUGUCGAAUUGACGAGCCAGCAGCAGUUAAACGUUGGAACAAGAAAAACAGUAGCGAAGUUUAACGAUCUUGCUCGCAGGCGAUAUUGCAUUCGCUCGUUUGCGGCUCGUUUGAGUGAAACACAUUUUCUCUUUUUCCGUUCAAUCCCUUUUCGCUUCUUAUUUAUUCUCUUUUCGUCCUGUGUGCGCGCUAAUUAUAAUAGUGGCCGCAGGUCCGUUCGGUAACGAUCUCGGUUUUUAUGGAAAGCUUUCUCGGAUUUUCCUCGAGAAUCCGUUGAGACACGAGAUACAUUUUUGCGUUGUAUUUCAUAAGGAAAUUAUACGCGAACGGAGUUAUCUUUCCGCGGAAUCUCCAAUUUUUCAAUUCUCGCGACUUUUCAAUAUUUUCGGUGCAGAUGGGAAACACUUCUGAAACAAAAUUCCGCUCUGAUAAAUCGGUCGAAUUAAAUUUCGCAAGGAAAUCAUACGCGCGGAAUUUCAUCAUAUAAAGGCUUAGCGUCCCGAGAUCGGUCGUGAAUAUUAAUCGGCUUUCCUCUCGCGCCGGCUCGCUCGCGAGCGGUGAAACAUUCACGCCGGCGAGGAAAAUCUCGCGAGGAAAGCGGCCCGCCCUAUUAACUUCCCUCACAUUCACAACGCGCUGCCACGAUGCUUUCCGGUAAAUGUAAUCACACGUCGAUGCAUUAAUCAGCCGCCCGACGAAACUCCCGCUAACUCCACCCGUCGGGUAUGCACGUCAGAAGUUAAGGGCUAGCGACGGGGCGGGGACGGGGUGUGGGAGCUUUCCGGUUAAAUGGAAAACGUCCCUUCCGGGACUAUCGGGAGAGUAUAUUAUAUUAAAUUAAUACAUUUGCAUGUAUCGGUAUUUCGCAUUAAAAAUUCUCCCAACGCCACAUCGAUCUCUCGUCUCACGGAGAGAGCUUUCUAUGGAAAACAAAUCAGAAAAGAUCAAUCGCUAUUCAUAACAGUGUAGAGCAGCGCGCAAACACGGGGAUCUUAUUCACUCGAUUUUUAUACAGGGUGUCUUAGAAGAAGAAUAUUCAGUGGCGAAUAUGGAGUGUAUAAAUUCUCACGCUGCGAGGUCGAUUAUGACGGGAGUGUGUGUAUGACGGGAAGAUAGUGAAAAAUAGUGCGAAAGAGAGAGCGUGAAAGAGAGAGAGAGAAAGAAGAAAGAUAACAUUAAGUAUACACGGAAAAUGAGGGCCGAAGCCACACUUGAAUCGAUCUCCUUCGAAACCACCCAUCCUGCCGCUCCGCCUCCCCCCCUCUCCUCUUCCGCGUAAACCACCCUCCUUUUCUCGACCGUAAAACUCCCGCGGAGAGUUACGACUCGCCGACGCUCGCAGACACAAUCACGCAUACACAAUCACGGACAGACGCACACACGUACAUCCUCGUUUACGUACUUACACACACACACACACACACACACACACACACACACACACACACACACACACACACACACACACACACACGUAUACUCACACUCUGACACACGCAUACAGUUUCAGGUAUACACGAUGUUCCGAACGAUUGAGCAAUACGAUUUGUAUUACCGUGUAUAACGUAAUGUAUUCGAUUCUGCACAUGUCGUAUGUACUUUGGAUGUAGCGAAGGAUUUUUCACGACUGAUAUGAGAUUAAAGGAAUAAAGAUAGCUUUUGUAUUAAA